CUGCAGCCCGGAAGGCAAAGGAACAAGCCCUGAAGACACUUCUGCUGGGAGGUCCGCCAUGGCCUCUCUCGGCCUCCAACUUGUAGGCUACAUCCUAGGCCUCCUGGGGCUGUUGGGCACCCUGGUGGCCAUGCUGCUUCCCAGCUGGCGAACAAGCUCCUACGUUGGUACCAGCAUCGUGACGGCGGUCGGCUUCUCCAAGGGCCUCUGGAUGGAGUGCGCCACACACAGCACAGGCAUAACCCAGUGUGACAUCUACAGCACCCUCCUAGGCCUGCCUGCUGACAUCCAGGCUGCCCAGGCCAUGAUGGUGACAUCCAGUGCGAUCUCUUCGUUGGCCUGCAUUGUCUCUGUGGUGGGCAUGAGAUGCACUGUCUUCUGCCAGGACUCCCGAGCCAAAGACAGACUGGCGGUGGUGGGUGGAGUCUUCUUCAUCAUUGGAGGCCUCCUGGGCUUCAUCCCCGUUGCCUGGAACCUUCACGGGAUCCUGCGGGACUUCUACUCCCCGCUGGUACCCGAUAGCAUGAAGUUCGAGAUCGGAGAAGCUCUCUACCUGGGCAUUAUUUCCUCCUUGUUCUCCCUGGUAGCUGGCAUCAUCCUCUGCUUUUCCUGCCCACUCCAGGGAAAUCGCUCCGACUACUAUGACUCCUACCAGGCCCAGCCCCUUGCAACUAGAGGCUCUCCAAGGCCGGGUCAACCGCCCAAAGCCAAGAGCGAGUUUAACUCCUACAGCCUGACAGGGUAUGUGUGAAGAACCAGGGGCCAGAGCUAGGGGGGCGGUUGGUGGCCGAGUCUGUGAAAACCAGUGAACAGCACCUCCCAAACCACCACCCCUGGGGCCACAGGUGAGGGACAUUGGCACUGUAUCAUGUCAGAAGGUGCUGCUGAGGCUAGAUUGACUUUGCCCACUGGAUCAAGUGAAGGCAGAAAUGAGAACUGGUGCAACAGCAUGC